AUGGUCAAGGAGACCAAGCUUUACGAUUACCUAGGUAUGCUUGCCCUCGGCAUAUCACCCACGGCGACGCAAGAUGAGAUCAAGAAAGCAUAUCGCAAGGCAGCGCUAAAGUGGCAUCCGGACAAGAACAAGGACAAUCCACAGGCGUCUGAGAAGUUCAAAGAAUGCUCCCAGGCGUACGAAAUCCUCUCCGACCCCGAAAAGCGCAAGACGUACGAUCAAUACGGCCUGGAAUUCUUGCUACGUGGCGGCGUACCACAGCCUGAAGGAGAUGCAGGGUCUGGAGGCAUGCCUUUUGGAGGCGGAGGCGGGGGAUUUCCCUUUGCCCAGUCAGGUGGCAUGCCUGGCGGCACUCGCUCAUUCCAUUUCUCAACCAGUGGUGGCGGCAACGGCUUCAACUUCUCAAACGCCGAUGACAUAUUCUCCGAGUUCUUGCGUAGUAGUGGAGGGGGUAUGGGUAUGAAUGGUGGCGCAGACGAUGACUUUGGCGGAUUUGGCAUGGGAGGUAUGCCUGGCGGUAUGCCUGGUGGGAUGGGUGGGAUGGGUGGAAUGGGUGGAAUGGGAGGAAAACGCAGCAGGUUCUCUGGUGGAAGAAGAGCGCCAGAGCCAGAAGUUACGAUUGUGGAAAAGCCACUGCCUGUGAGCUUGGAAGAGCUAUACAGCGGUACAACAAAGAAGCUGAAGAUCAAGCGUAAGACGUAUGAUCAAAGCACAGGAAAGCAGAGUACGCAGGAUCGGAUUCUGGAAGUCCCGAUCAAGCAAGGAUUGAAAGCGGGAAGCAAGAUCAAGUUUUCAGAUGUUGGUGAUCAGGUCGAGGGCGGGACUCAGGAUCUGCAUUUCAUCGUCUCUGAGAAACCACACGCCAUGUUCGUGCGCGAAGGCGAUGAUGUAAAGCACAUCAUCGAACUUGAUCUCAAAGAAGCCCUUACGGGCUGGCGACGCACAGUACAGACUAUCGACGGCAAGCAACUCAGCGUUGGCAGCGGUGGUCCUACCGGACCAAAUUGGACCGAACGAUAUCCCAACCUGGGUAUGCCUAAGUCGAAGAAACCUUCGGAGAGAGGCGAUUUCAUCAUUGGCGUCAAGAUUAAGUUCCCCACUAGUUUGACGAGCACGCAGAGGGAGCAGUUGAAGAAGAUUCUGUAA